AUAACUACUCAUGCGUGACCACCGUGAGACAGGUAAAACUUUACAGGUAGAAGAAGGAGGAAAUUACCUUUCGAUCCGUCGUAUAAACAGACAAGCAAUUAAAUAUUACAUAUUUUAUUGAUAUAGGUAAAAAGAUUUGUUUAUAAAUUGUAACUUCAGACAGUCUCCGGUACGAGAAACAACUUGUUUCGGAUGUGAGAAAUGAUAUUGACAUUGUGAUGUUCAUUUCUUCGUGGAAAUGUAUAAAUACCGGUAUGUGAAAUGAAGUAUGGAAUAUACAAAUUCUGAUUGAACGUGUCUAUGAAUUGUAACCUACGCCCUAACUACAAAAAAAUAUAGCAAUAUUGGAUAAUUCUAUAACCAGUAAUAAUGGUUUGUACAGUACUGAAAACAGCUACCGAUGAUACAAUCAUAUUAUCAAAUUAUAGUGUUUCUGAAGGAAUCCUGGUGCAGGUUGGAUGUCGGGAGUUUGGACAGAGACUUACUGGUGGAGCGAACGCGGUCACGUGUUUACCUAGUGGAUGGAGUCCUGCUCAAACUACGUUUAAAUGUGAAUGGAAUGGAGAGUUAAACACUUAUGAAAAGUUGAUAAUUGGACUAGGGUCUGCUGGUGGUGGAGUGCUGUUAUUUGGUUUCUUGUUGAUAUGCUGCUUAGCCCUGAAAUACAGACAAGACGGGCGAGAGAAAGACAGUGAUGUCGACAGUUAUCCGCCGUCUGCUAUUAAUGAAAAGGUUGGAUAUGCCCAGUAUGGCAAUGGUGGAGGCGGUGGUGGUGGUGGCGGUAUUCGUGGCUACAGACCAAGUGGCAAUUACGAGAAAAAGAUAACAUCAGAGCCUCGUAAUGACUUCAAAACGGACUCACGUUAUGAUACAUCAAAGCGUGACCCAAUUUUAUGGUCGGGUUACGGCUCGAAUCCUAGUUCUAAUCCACCAAGGGAUGCAGGUCGAUCUGAACCAGCAGACGGAUAUCAAUUUUAUUCCGGGAAAAAUCCACAAAAUCCAUCAUCCCAAUAUGAUAAUAGAGCAUUUGAACGGAACGACUACGAAAGAGGUUCCGGAUAUCGAGAUACUGGUUACCAGGGUACAAAUUACCAACAAGGAAAACGUGAGGAUUAUAGAUGGAACUAGUUAUGCAGGAAUGGACAGUUACCUCGAGCUCAUAUGGCGCGUGAUGAUCGACACAACAGACAAUACUAGCACGUGACAUCACAACAUUCUCCCGUCAUAUAUAUAAUAUAUGGUUAUCUCCAAAACAACUUCCGCUAAAAUGUACAA